UUCGAUUGCAAUUUCAGUCUGAGCAUAGCACGGGUCGCGUGUUGAUAUAACCACACGGCGAGCCCCCCCGGUUCUGGAGUUACAUCCGAGUCCCUCUCCCGAAGGAGUUGAUCCGUUGCAGUCCCUUCCGGUGCGUUCCCACAGGUAACCCGGUUCAUUACGUCAUCGUACCCCGGGCCCCGGUGAUCCUGCUGCCGGUUUGAAAUCUCUGGAGAUAUUCGAAUGUGUGAUUGACGGUGACAGAGUGUGAAGUAGCAAAUUUGUAUCAACCUACACUGGAAAGUCGCGGAACACCUGGCAUUCUUCGGAGCCAACCUUGUCUUAGGUUCGUGCGCGCGUGCCUCAUUGCAAAGUGAACCUUCGAAGUGGAAACACCGCAGAGCCGCAGUCGGCUUCGGUUGUCACGCAUGGAUUAGUCCGGAUUCCUUGAAAGGAAUUUGAGAAACAACGAGCCAAUCAAGGGUGGAUAAAGUGCGUGUUGUGUGUGGUACGAUCAAUGUGUGUAUGUGAGCACGUCGCACGGCAAUAGCGAGGAUUAACUGGUUGGUUCUCUCGGUGGAAAAGCGGAAAAACAAAAGUUGGAAAUUGAAAUACAUUCACCGGAUAAAAGCGAGGAAUAGUUAAGUGGCCAAGCUUGGCAUUUACCCACUGGAAAUACUUCAAAUUCUUCCCAAGUGCUAAUACAAGUUCAAGUGAUAACGUUCUUACGAUGGCCAUAGACUGGCGAAAUAGUGUGAACACGAUAGCACUCGGUGCUAUCGUCCUGAUGCUGGCUGGUGCAUUCCAGAUAGAGGCAGUUCGUGUGACGCCGGCGCAACCGCCGCUCAACUCCAGACGUGUAUCAGAAGAUCAAACUCCUGCCUCGUCUUGGUGGUCAUCACAGGUUGCUGACGCUGUGCCGUCACCGAAGAACUACUUCCAGGCCACACAUGGACUGGUGCAGACACAUCCGGCCCUGACGAAAAGUCAGGCGCUGCCACUGACGCAGCCCAGCCACACGCGAUCGCCAGUCGUCGGAUCCCUAUCCAGUGGGUUCCCCUCAAUUGCCAAUUCCAACCCGCGGUCACCGUUCCGCCAUUUGGACUUCAGCAGUAGUGCCACCGCCGAACUGAGGCGUAAUCCAAGCCUUUCCGCGCCCGAUGAGUGUGCCCGAGCUUGCCGCGAAGGAGAACCACCAAGAAUUUGCUACUAUCACUUCACUGCCGAGUACUACACCGUUUUGGGAGCGGCCUGUCAAGUAUGUACCCCGAAUGCCACGAACACCGUAUGGAGCCACUGUCAGUGCGUUUUGGCCGAUGGUGUCGAGCGAGGUAUCCUGACCAUCAAUCGUAUGAUUCCCGGACCAAGUAUUCAGGUUUGCGAAAACGACAGAGUUGUGAUCGAUGUCGAAAACCACAUGGAAGGUAUGGAGUUGACCAUUCACUGGCACGGAAUCUGGCAGCGUGGAACACAGUACUACGAUGGUGUUCCAUUUGUGACGCAGUGCCCCAUCCAACAGGGAAAUACCUUCAGAUAUCAAUGGACUGGUAAUGCAGGUACUCACUUCUGGCACGCGCACACCGGUCUCCAGAAACUGGAUGGUCUGUACGGAAGCAUCGUCGUCCGUCAGCCUCCGUCCCGUGACCCUAACUCGCACCUGUACGACUUCGAUUUGACCACGCACAUCAUGCUGGUAAGCGAUUGGCUUCACGAGGAUGCCGCCGAACGAUACCCAGGUCGUCUCGCCGUCAACACCGGUCAGGAUCCCGAAUCGAUGCUCAUCAACGGCAAGGGACAGUUCCGUGACCCCAACACCGGUUUCAUGACCAACACACCGCUGGAAAUCUUCACCAUCACUCCCGGACGCCGGUACCGAUUCCGUAUGAUCAACGCCUUUGCGUCUGUAUGCCCAGCCCAAGUCACCAUCGAAGGACACGGACUAACAGUCAUCGCCACCGACGGAGAACCAGUGCUUCCAGUGCAAGUCAACACCAUCAUUUCAUUCUCAGGCGAACGUUACGACUUCGUCAUCAGCGCCGACCAGCAAGUGGGUGCCUACUGGAUCCAGCUCCGAGGUCUCGGCGAGUGCGGUAUUAAACGUGCCCAGCAGUUGGCCAUCCUCCGAUACGCCCGCGGUCCAUACCAGCCAACCUCGCCGCCACCGACCUACGACGUUGGAUUGCCCCAGGGAGUGGUGCUGAACCCGCUGGAUGCCGUCUGUAAUAUGCCCCGACCGGACGCGAUCUGUGUGAGCAACCUGCGAAGUGCCCAGAAGCUCGACAAAGCCGUCCUCACCGAACGACCAGAUGUGAAAAUUUUCCUCCCCUUCCGGUUCUACUUUUACCGGGUGGAAGAACUGUUUACGCCGAACACCUACAACAAAUUCCUCGUUGCCCCCGGCGGUGAUCAUUUGAUUUCGCUGAUUGACGAAAUUUCCUACGUGUCACCGCCAUCGCCGAUGCUGUCCCAAAUCGAGGACAUCCCACCGGAGCAGUUCUGCAACGGCGAUAACCGCCCACCAGACUGCGGCCCGAACUGCAUGUGCACCCACACCGUUGAUAUUCCCCUGAACGCGAUCGUCGAAGUCGUCCUGGUAGAUGAAGUCCAACAAGACAAUCUCAGUCAUCCGUUCCAUUUACACGGUCACACGUUUAACGUGAUCGGUAUGGGCCGCUCGCCCGAUACCACCGUCAAGAAGAUCAACCUGCGCCAUGCUCUCGAUUUGGAUCGUCGCGGUCUGCUGAACCGACAGUUCAACCUACCCCCGCUCAAGGACUCGAUUGCAGUGCCCAACAAUGGCUACGUCGUGAUGCGGUUUAGAGCCAACAAUCCAGGCUACUGGCUAUUCCAUUGCCACUUCCAGUUCCACAUUGUGAUCGGUAUGAAUCUGGUCGUCCAUAUAGGAUCCAAGGCUGAUCUUCCACCAGUGCCACCCAAUUUCCCACGAUGUGGUAACCACAUACCUCCGAUCCGGUUCAACUAGGAUCCCGCUAGUUUUAAGGCCUCGAAUAGGAUAAGCGAACUAUGUGUUUAGGAUAGCGAGACGACGAAAAGCUGUUAUGUAUUGCUCAUAGGACUCAGACAACCCGACCAAACCAGACGAUCGUACAAGAACCUAUAGGAGCUGCAUUGAAUAGUUUGUUGGGUUGAAUGAAUGUAGUGAAAUACCUAUGUAUUUGUGUUGAUACUUAAGCGCUUUGUUAGCUAUAAUUUAGUCCAAUUGAAUCGUUAUUUUCAUCUGACUGUCUUCUAGUUUUUAUUAAUAUUAUUAUUAUUAUUUGGUUUUAGUUUUUGUUUCUAUAUGAGUUUGACCUGAUUUUCCUACCGAAAGACGAUAAUAUAUUAACAAAUUAAUAUUAUAUUUAGGAUAGGUAACUCAAAUCCAGUUAUUCACGCGACCCUACGCGUAAUGAAUGCAGGAUGUUCAUCUGGUUUAUGCAGUAUGCUCUAUUGAGGUUUUUUUUAUAAUUUUCUGACACUCAGCUCAAGGCUCAAAAAUAUAUAAUUUUUGAUUUUCAGUUUGAAUAGUUGUCGUAUAUAAGUAUUAUUUUGUUUAUAGAAAUAACAACAAACAAUAAAAUCAUAUUGAGUAUUAACUAUUAUUGCUAGCUCAAAAUUUUACAGUAUAACCUCAAUAAAGCAUACUUCAAAUACUUAAAAAUGACACCACAUUUAUAUUUCUGAAAAUUGUUUUCAAAUAUCAAAUGUAAGAUGAAAACAUGAAAACAAUCAAACAAAUAUUGUACAGAAGAAUCAUUUCCGUAUAUGUCAUUACUCAUUAACUAAAUUGAUGGCUAAUAAUAUAAAUGAUAAUAUAAAAAAGUAAAAGCGAAAAAUUCUACAUUUUUACAUAUGCCACAAUACUAUACGGAAUUUGGCCCAAUACAAUACUAUACGACUAAAAUGGCCCAUGGAAAUCAAGGAAAGAAAUCAAAUCAUUCUAAAAUGUAGAAAACUUAUAAUAGAAACCCAUCUCUGUUAACAUGGCAUCUACAUGUUUUGUUAAAUAUUUUCCAAAUCUUAAGCAAGAUCUAAAUAAUGAACAUCAGUCAUCUUAACUUCAAAGUUCAAGUAGGUAACAAAAAACUCUGUCAUAAUUCACAAACAUUUUGGCUUAAACAAUAAAUUAAGUCCAUUAAAAGUUAUCCAUCAUUAAGAUGGAUGACGGCUUCCGGAAAAUACCCUAGAAAUAGUGAAGUAAAGCCAUGAUUAUGAAAUUCGAUAGACUAAUAUCUCCUGCAAGACACAGACCUCCGGCACACAACAAUAAAUAGAAAUUUAUGUUUACUUGUAAUGGGUACCAUAAUCACAGUGCGUAUUAUCAGCGUAUUAUACGCCCUCAACUGUUAAGCCAAUCUUAUCACAAUCUUAUUAUAGUCAGCAAAAUACUGAGUACAUAGACAGCACAGUUUCUUUCGCCAUAGCAUAAUCAAUCAUAUUUAAACCGCACAGAUGGUCCGCCCAUUUAAUGUUUUAUGUUGACUUCUAUUCUCUUAGUAAAAAUGAUUAGCUACUUUCCCAAAAGUUAUCCUCAUCAUCAGCAGCAGGAUUCCCAAGCUGCCACCAUCAUCAGAACAUGUUAGCAUUAAUCUUCUCUUUUUAAGUGUUCGAUUUUAAGAUGAAAAAUCAUCAAUUACGAAAAAUAGGAGUAUGCCAGGAAAAGGAUGUGUCCGUGUGCGGACGUAGAGAUAUAAUCGAUACCAAAAGACUCUAGAGACCAACCAACCGACCGACCGACCUACGACCAAACCAUGAAUAGUUCCGGUCGGAGACACCAAUUUCGGACGAUGAAGCCAAUUCCACGUGUGUCGUACCGGCUACUGUGCCCACAUACAGGCACACAAACACAUGCAUAAGCGUUAUUAAAUGCUCAUAGAUAGGACGACAAAGCAUGGGAGCAGUUGCAGAAUAAAUAACCAUAGAUAUGAUAGAUAGUCAAGUUGAUUAGGAAAUACCGACGAUGUUGCUCAGAGGUAGGACAAUGUUUGCACAGUUUGAUACAGCCGCAACAAUGACUUCGGAGAAGAUUGUGUGUCGGAGCUCAAGUGGGCUCGGAAGACACGACGAAGGAGCUUAAAGUGCUUGGAAUGAGGAUAUAAAAGUCCAAAAUUAGAUGCAUUCGGAAACAGUUCGGCGGAUGGAGAGUGAAUGCCGCAUCCGUCUGAUUGAGAUGAAGUUAUUCGGAACGAAAGAUUACGAGAAAUGUAAUAUGUGCAUGCGAAGAAAUCGAGUCUAGUUUGAAGUAACACGUAAAAUAAACAUAAAAAGUUUAAUUGGAUCGGAGCCAUUGCAGAUGGAUGACUGGGUCUAGUGUAUGUUCAAUUAUUACUUUAACUCGUUGAGAAUACUCAAAUGAAAACGAUCAAAGGAGUGUAAGCCGAUGUUCGUUUUUACGUUCGUAGGACUCGCGCGUGAGAUUUGAAAGAAAUCACGUUUGUGAAUACCAAUAAAGAUAAACGAAUCUUAUAAUAUGA